CGUUCAGCUGACUAUAUUUGACUGCUACUUUUAGACUUUUCCUCAUGAAAUUUUCGUUUUUUUAGCAACUUUUGAGGACUGAAGUCACUAAGACAGAUAUCAGAGUUUCAGACUUUAUAUCCUUCAGCAAAGGCAUGCUAAUGUAAAACCUGUUAUUGUAGCACCUUUUUAAGCUUGUAAGAGCAGUACUUAAAAGCUGUCCCUGUUUGGGGACUUUGCCCUUCCAUUGCUUUUGACUUUGUCCAGAUUUAUUGCAGUAAGAAGUUGAGAGCAUAACUCUCGUGACCAAUAUUUACAAUUGCCCAUUUUUGGGGGCUUUUGUCCCACCACCCCCAUGUGUUAGCCUUUAUGUGGAUUUUUUUGCCCCUAAGGGGUUGUUGGGUAUGUAUGACAGUGACUUCUGCUUAACCCGAAAUAGGUGCAUUUCCCUGACGACGCGUCCACGCAAUCCCAUGAUACUUUGGGAACGGAGCUGGUUUUUGACAGCAGGAGCUGGUUGCGGAAGUAUGUGCUUGGAAUGAAUGAGGUGUAACCUGUCACCUGCAUGUAUUGCGUACCAGUGAUGGGUGUUUAACCAGUAAGUGUGUAUGCGUUUCUCUGGCUAUGCUGAAGGUAUUUGGCGGUAUGAUGGCAGCGCUGCUGCUUGCCGGGCUUGUGGCUCUUCUGUUGGGUCAUUAUGAUACGACUUUGUUACGGGUACAGCGCGGUGGUGACAGUACCAAUGCCGGUAGCAGCUCACUCAGCCCGAGCCCUGGCCCACUGCCCGACAACAUUUUCUGGUUUGUACAGGUGUCUGACCUUCACAUAAGCCGCUUUCUUGAUCCCACAAGAGCACCUGACUUUGAGAAAUUUUGCUCUGAAACAAUCAGUGUCAUUAAACCUGACCUGGUUCUUGUAACUGGAGACCUAACAGAUGCUAAAACAAGGAACAAAGUUGGAUCUCGGCAAUAUGAAGUGGAAUGGCAGACUUAUCAGGGAAUCCUUAAACGAUCGAGGGUACUGGAGAAAACAAAGUGGAUUGACAUUAGAGGAAACCAUGGUAAAUGA